UUGUGUUCUGCGCGAUGGCCUCCGCUCUGAGCUAUGUCUCCAAGUUCAAGUCCUUCGUGAUUUUGUUCGGCACCCCGAUACUACUGCUGCCACUCAUCAUUCUGAUUCCCGCCAAGUUUGUCAGGUGCGCCUAUGUCAUCAUCCUCAUGGCCGUUUACUGGUGCACGGAAGUCAUCCCUCUGGCUGUCACCUCCCUCCUGCCCGUCGUGCUUUUCCCGCUCUUCAAGAUUCUGGACUCCAAGCAGGUGUGUGUCCAGUACAUGAAGGACACCAACAUGCUGUUCCUCGGUGGCCUUAUAGUGGCCGUGGCUGUAGAGCGUUGGAACCUGCACAAGAGGAUUGCCCUGCGUACGCUUCUCUGGGUGGGGGCCAAGCCCUCGCGGCUGAUGCUGGGCUUCAUGGGCGUCACCGCCUUCCUGUCCAUGUGGAUCAGCAACACGGCCACCACGGCCAUGAUGGUGCCCAUCGUGGAGGCCAUGCUGCAGGAGAUGGAGACCAGGAGGACAGCCACUGAGCUGGAGCUGGCGGAGAAGGCCAAGAACAGCGAGCUGCCGGGGACCCAAGUGGUUUUCGAAGGCCCAGCCAUGGGACAGCAGGACAACGAGCACAGGAAGAACUUGGGCAAGGCCAUGAUGCUGAGUGUGUGCUACGCAGCCAGCAUCGGCGGCACGGCCACCCUGACCGGGACGGGACCCAACGUGGUGCUCCAGGGUCAGAUGCAGGAGUUGUUCCCUGCCAGUAAAGACAUCGUGAACUUUGCCUCUUGGUUUGGCUUUGCCUUCCCCAAUAUGCUGAUAAUGCUGCUGCUGGCCUGGCUGUGGAUCCAGUGUCUUUUUAUGAAAUUCAAUUUUAAGGCCGCGUGGGGCUGCGGAAACAAGAGGGAGAGCUGUGAGGAUAUCGCCAAGGAAGUGCUGCAGGAAGAAUACAGGAAGCUGGGGCCCUUCACCUUCGCUGAGACCAACGUCCUGCUCUGCUUCAUCCUGCUGGUGGUCCUGUGGUUCUCCCGAGACCCCGGCUUCAUGCCCGGCUGGAUGUCCAUCGCCUGGGUGGAAGGCAACACCAAGUACGCCUCGGAUGCCACGGUGGCCGUCUUCGUGGCCAUCUUACUGUUCAUCGUGCCUGCGCAGAAGCCCAAGUUCAACUUCUGCAGUCAGUCUGAGGAAGAAAGAAGAGCUCCCUUUUACCCCCCUGCGCUGAUGAAUUGGAAGGUGGCCCACGAGAAAGUGCCCUGGGGCAUUGUGCUACUGCUGGGGGGCGGAUUUGCUCUGGCUAAAGGAUGUGAGGCCUCGGGGCUGUCUGAGUGGAUGGGGAAGCAGAUGGAACCUUUGCAUGCCGUGCCCCCAGCCGCCAUCUCCUUGAUUUUAUCCCUGCUUGUGGCUCUGUUCACUGAGUGCACCAGCAAUGUGGCCACCACCACCCUCUUCCUGCCCAUCUUUGCUUCGAUGUCACGCUCCAUUGGCCUCAACCCACUCUACGCCAUGCUCCCCUGUACCCUGAGCGCCUCCUUCGCCUUCAUGUUGCCCGUGGCCACCCCACCCAACGCCAUCGUGUUUGCCUACGGACACCUCAAAGUUUCUGACAUGGUGAAAGCGGGACUCCUGAUGAACAUCAUUGGAGUCUUCUCUGUGUUUUUGGCCAUCAACACCUGGGGGCGGGUCUUAUUUAGCUUAGAUCAAUUCCCAGACUGGGCUAAUGUGACACACAUGGAGACUUAGAGUCACAUGACCCAUGGACCCAGCCCCUGCCCUCCCAAGGACCCCGCAACCGUUUGGCGCACCAGCGUGGCUGUGACCCAAUGCUGUCCAUGCUCCACUGAAACCCACGGCCACCUUCCAGCCCGAAAUCAGAAGCGGGGAUGGGUAGCUGGAGGGCAGAAUUGGACAUCACCGCAAUCCCUGAAGAAGCUGCUGGUUCCCAUCUUCCCUGGGGCUCUGCUGCCAUCUUUUGAGACAGGUAGGCUGCACGUGGACUCUGUCUUUCUGGUGCAGCCCAGGGCGCUGGUCCCCACGUGCUCAGUUCUGGGGAAAUCUAGAUGAGCGUUGGAUCCCCAGGCAGGGAGGUGAUGAACCAAGCUCCCAGGGCCCUUGCCUCUGCCAGCCCACCUUGGAUCACCUAGUACUCCAAAGGGGACAACCCAGUCCAGGGACAGAACAUCGGGUCUUGGACGGCUUCAAGUGAGAGUGGGACUCAGAGCAUUCCUGGAAACUCCUGGAAUGACUUGUGUGGUACCAGCACCAAAGGAUGAGGGAUUUGAGUUGAUAACUUCAGGGUGACUCCUGCCUUCUUGCCCAGAGGGCACCGCUGGCCACCUUGUCCCUCUUAUUUACCUCGUUCCAUUUUAAUUGACAAUUUGGACCCGAUUCCCAGCACUCUAGUGAGGCCUUUCCGUCCCUGGGUCUCUUGAUUGUCUGGGCCAACAUUUGUGAGAAUCCACUGGCUGGGGCCCUCUGCACCCCCCACCCCCUUCUCUCAAGUAGGCCAUUUUGGCUUUUCUGGAAGAUGAUUUUCCUGUCACCCUUACACAGAUGGGAUCACACUCCAAGACUGGGUAGCAAUGGGUUUGGGGAGACCACAGUGGGGCAUCUACAGGUCCUGGGUGAACACAGCAGCUACAUGCCAAUAGUAAGAGUUGUUGGCCAUGCUAGAGUACGUGAGCUCCCCUGGGGAGAGGCCUCCCUUUGCAGAGUGGCAGUUGGGACCAUGCCCGGGGCUCAGUAUCACAGAGGCACAGACUCCAGAGUAACUGUGGGAAGAUGAGCCUCGAACCCCCUGUGAGUAGAGAGAUGAGAGACAGACUCUAGCCCCCAACCCUGCUUUCCUUUCUUAUUGCGCUGUUCACUCGUGGCCACCCUAUAGGACAGGGUAAAGCCGUCCCCAUGGGUUUCUGAUAUUCUGAUCAUGGGAGUAGAGGGCCUCUUCUUUCUCCCUCGGAGCGGUUGGUGGUUUUGAACCACUGACCUUGAAGCUCACAGCCCAACGAGUAGCAGCGGGAAUCUGAGGUCAAUUGGGGCCAUUUUUCAGGGCAGGAGAAAGCAUGGGAACCUCGAGACCCCGUCGGUGACCACGUAUGCAUCUGAUUUCGUUGGGCGCGAUAAUUCCUGGCGACCCCACCAAUGGCUUGCCCUCCUUCCAUGUCUUUGAUGGAAAGUUGCACGCUGUGCUGAUGCAUCUCUGGGUUUGGGCCAUAGUGUGUGUGUGUGUGUGUGUGUGUGUGUGUGUGUGUACAGCAAGAUAGAAGGAUGAACCCACUGACCUUUACACCCACUAGUUACCUUAUUCAGUCCUUGGAAGAUUGGUGUGUGCGAUUACCCUUGCUUAUUUAUCUCAUGAAGACUUUGAGGCUCAGAGAUGUCCUAAGUCACACAUAAAGCUAAUGGCAAGUGAGUUCCAACCCAGA